GCCGCCCCGCCCGCCGCAGCUCCCGCCGCUGAAUUUGCUCCGGUCCCUUAAUUGUUUCGCUCUCACCGAGAACUUUGUUUACAGUCCCUUGUGCGGCGAGCUGCAUCCCCUCUUAUGCUGCCUGCGGGCUGGUGGCCGCCGCAGUCCCGCCCGGCGGCCGGGAGGAAACUUCUGUGCUAGAAUAUUGUCACCUCCAGUUCAUCAUUCAGCAAUAUCUGACACUUCAAAGACUCGAGCAGCUCUUUCUGCCUUGAAUUGUCACACAAGACAUCUUCAGCACUCUUUGACCAUGGAUUUCUCCUGGAUCUGUGCAGCAGGAGCUCAGCAGAGCCUGCUCUAGCCUAAGAACAGGCUGAGUUCAAGACAGUCAAGAUGACAAACGAGCCUAUCAAAGAGAUCCUGGGCACCCCAAAGCACCCUGAUUCUGUACCCACAGAGAAGAGUAACAACAAUGACUGUGUGAUAACCACCAUUCCUCUGGUCAGUGAGUGCCAGCUGACGGCAGCCACGGGGGGAGCGGAGCUCUCCUGCUACCGCUGCACCAUUCCCUUCGGCGUGGUCAUCCUCAUCGCCGGCACCGUGGUCACUGCUGUGGCGUACAUCUUCAACUCCCAUGGAUCCAUCAUCUCCGUCUUUGGCCUGGUCCUCCUGUCCUCAGGACUUGUUCUGCUGGCUUCCAGCGCCGUGUGCUGGAAGAUCAGGCAGCACAAGAAGAAAGCAAAGAGGCGGGAGAGCCAGACAGCGCUCGUGGCAAACCAGAGAACCUUGUUUGGCUAAAGGCAGCCAGGAGAAGGCUGGACAGAAGGCAGAACCUUUGUAAGUCAACUUGGCUAUUUAUCAGUAGGAGAGAUUGCAGGUUUUAAUUUAACUGUGGAAACAAACUGAAAUGAAAAUGGAAUGGAUUAAGAAAUACUUGUAACAACUCUGCAAGUGCUCUCAAUAUAUUUCUUACUGCAGACUUGGUAGUGAUUCUUUACAAGACAGAGGAAAACCCAUUUUUCCUUCACAGAAAACUGUGUCACACAACUGCAACCAUCCUAACUGCGUUCUCCAACAUGCUGAUCGUGUUGGAAAGGGAAUGUGUGGGAACUGAGAAAAUAAUUUGAAUUGACUUGAAAUGCCAGAAGUCUCCUUAAAACACUGACAUUUGACCAAGGGAGAAGUCAUAGCAUUUGAAGUGACUACAAGCUUAUGGCCUGAGUAUCUGGGACUUAAACUGUAGCUGAAAUAAAAAAAAAAGCAAUAAGAACACAUUGCAAUUUUCUCAAUAAGCUGAUUCUUAUAUUUUAUGUAACUUCCCCCUCCCAAUACCUGUGGUACUUUCCCCCUUUUUUAAACCAACUAAUAUUGAUUUUGUUUCAGUAUUGAAUAGAAAUCAGUAGAAAUGUGUAAUUAUGUUGUUUAACCUAAAUAACAAGGUAUGAUCAUAGCUUAAAACAUGAGACCUUUUUUUGUAAAUUAACUGGUCAGGUUUAGCACUUUUGAUUAUUUUGCUAUAAAAUUAAAAAAUAAAUGUCAUUAAAAUAAUAUCCAGUGCUGUUGGACCUUUAGAAAAUAUUUCUUUAUUGCUAUCAAGAUAGCUUGUAUCUUCAACUAUGACUACUUUAUAUUUCUGUUUUUGUAGAACAACCCCUGUGACAAUAACUGUGAACACAUG